UGUCUCACUUCUAUAACAUUCUGUAAGUUAAAUUUGUUAAAUUAUUUUUAACACACCAAGAGAUUUUUUCAUUCCUUUUUUUUGCAUGUAUAUUUUGUUUUUAUUGUGAUGUGUAAGAUUUCUCCUUGUUUGGAGUGGAGGAUUGUUAUCUGUACUUUUUUGGCUGCUGGAGUUCUCUACAUGAGUUAUGGGCAUUUUAAUCCUAGACACUACUUUUAGAACUUCAUUUGUUUUGUUGUAGUUGCACAGAGAGAGAGCUAUAAAUUAGUCCUCAUGAAGCCAAUAAUUCAGAUAUAUACUUGAGGAAUUCCUUUUGGUUCAAUUAUAUUUAUUUUUCCAAACAUUUUGUUUGAGCGAAAAUGAGAUGGCUAUCUACCGUUUCCUUAUUUUUUUUCAGGAAAGCAAAGGGUUGUUGACUUCCUCUCCCCUCCCUUCCUUCCUUCUUUCUGAAGGUACUGUACUCAUCUGAAAAAAGAGAACGAAGUGAUUGUUCCUGUUCUCUUUCUUAAGUCAUUUGAAACAUUGUCCUUGCUAGUUUUCUAAGUUUACUGCAAUCUCUACACAGGGAGCAAGAGAGAUUGCCAACAGGAAAGCAGGUAGAGAGCUUAGCUCAUUCCAACUUCAACAAUUGGUCCUUCAUUCACCUCAAUCUGAUUGCACCCAACCUCUGUGUUAAUGCUGGGUUCUUGAAUAAUUGAACUCCCUCUUUCCAAGGAAAGCAGACAAUGCAGAAGGAAUUAAAUACGAUGAAAAAUGAGGAUGUAUGUUUCAAUGUUGACAAAAUACACACAUCACACUGCCUGCAGCCAGUGGAGCCUGAUGUGAAGUCUCACAGAACUGCACCAUUCAGUGAAGAAUUCAGGGCACAGCUUGCACAGUUCCAGUAUGGUCCUUCCCUGGGGGAUAUAGAAACCUUUCACGGAUCCUUAGAAGGAGGGUCCCGGAAACGCAAAAGCAUGCCCACAAAAAUGCCUCACACUAUCCCUACCGGAGAUCCUACGUCACCAUCACACGGAUCGGAAAACAACAAUGUAUGCUCCCCCAGUCUUCCUUUAAUGUACCAACAGCCCACACAGCCCAAAUAUAACUCCCAAAUGAUUGAUCUCUGUGACAUUGGCUUUCAGUUCUACAGAAGUCUGGAGCGCUUUGGAGCCAAGCCCAUUAAACAAGAACCAGUAAAGCCCAACAUGAUGUGGCCCAACACUCCUGCAUUUGUGCAGACUCCUUACUCUUAUUACCCAAAAAUCCACCCUGGCCUGAUGUUUCCUUUUAUUAUGCCCCCAAACUUCCAUUUCAGGAAUUCCUUCCAACUGAAAAGAUCCCCGGAGCCAGCAUUCAGGACGACUGAACUGAGGGAAAGUGGUGACAAUAAACAGAAGGUGGAAAGAGUAGAUGUCAACCUCCAGAUUGAUGACAGCUAUUAUGUUGAUGUAGGGGGAGAACAAAAACGAUGGCAAUGCCCAAUGUGUGAAAAGUCCUACACUUCCAAGUACAACCUGGUCACCCACAUCUUAGGACAUAGCGGCAUCAAACCUCAUGCUUGCACUCGAUGUGGCAAGCUUUUCAAGCAGCUGAGCCACUUGCACACUCAUAUGUUGACACACCAGGGUACUCGACCACAUAAGUGCCAGGUGUGUCACAAGGCUUUCACCCAAACCAGUCAUCUGAAGAGACAUAUGAUGCAACACAGUGACAUCAAGCCCUACAACUGUAGGAUCUGUGGCAGAGGUUUUGCCUAUCCAAGUGAGCUGAAAGCCCACGAGUCCAAGCAUGAGAGUGGCCGAGAGAACAUUUGUGUUGAGUGUGGUCUUGACUUUCCAACCCUGGCCCAGCUGAAGAGACACUUAACAACCCAUCGAGGUCCUAUACAGUACAAUUGCACAGAAUGUGAUAAAACUUUCCAGUACCCAAGCCAGCUGCAAAAUCACAUGAUGAAGCACAAAGACAUCCGUCCAUACAUCUGUACUGAAUGUGGCAUGGAGUUUGUGCAGCCCCACCAUCUCAAGCAACACUCUUUAACCCACAAGGGUGUGAAAGAGCACAAAUGUGGGAUCUGUGGCCGGGAGUUUACUCUGCUAGCCAACAUGAAGAGACAUGUGUUGAUCCAUACCAAUAUCCGAGCCUACCAGUGUCACCUGUGCUUCAAGAGCUUUGUGCAGAAACAGACUCUGAAGGCACACAUGAUUGUUCACUCUGAUGUCAAGCCCUUUAAAUGCAAGCUGUGCGGAAAGGAAUUUAACAGAAUGCACAAUUUAAUGGGACACAUGCACUUGCAUUCAGACAGCAAACCAUUCAAGUGUCUCUACUGUCCCAGCAAAUUCACCUUGAAGGGAAACCUCACCAGACACAUGAAAGUCAAACACGGGGUCAUGGAAAGAGGAUUUCAUUCUCCAGGUUUUGGAAGAGGAAGAAUUACACUAUCCCAGACAGGUGUCUUGAGAAACUUGGAACAGGAAGAGCCUUUUGACCUUUCCCAGAAAAGCCAAGGGAAAGGAAUUUCAUUUCAUUCUGAUGGUGAGAGUGCCAAGGGAAGCUCAUGUCAGGAGGAAGAGGAAGACAACUGCUAUGAAGCACAGCAAUACAGUCCUGUCAUGUACCAUCAUGAAAACAACAAGCUGUAUAUGCCCCGAGAUCUGUCUAGCAAACCAGACUACGUGGUGAAAGAUUUCAAAGAAUCCUACUGUGAUGAGAAGGAGGAAAUGUUGCAAGAUGGAGGACUGGAGAAGGGGAAAGGAAAUCAAGACAAAGAAGAGAACCAAGAGGAGAGAAGCUUUGCGAAUAAUAAGGAAUGCCUGAGCUUUAGACCCUUUGAAAAGGCCAGACUCAGCCAUUCUCUCUCUGAUUACCUAUACUUCAAACACAGGAAGAACAGUUUAAAAGAAUUACUGGAAAGGAAAAUGGAAAAACAAGCAAUGCUUUUAGGCAUCUAAAUUGACAACUUUUAAGUUACACUUGGAAACUGAGAACUAGGCAGCACAAUCAUGGCUCUUAACAUGAAUUGUGAUUGCCAGAGAUUGGCAACUUGUAAAAAUCUUUUAGGAUAAACAAGCCAAGUCAAUACAGAUCAUUUUAAGGUAAAAAAUAUAUAGAAUAUUGUAUUUUCUGGUGUAAUUUGACUGCUUUGUUCUUCUGAUAUACAUCCACAUUUUCAUAUGUAUUAAUUUGAUAUAUAAGCAGGCAAUAGGGUGGGUACAGAGGUUUUAUUUCCUUUAUCUAGGACAAUACCAACUUAUACACAAUUUUCUAGUUAUUAAAAAGCAGUGUACUGUAGUGUUUGAGGUAUUAGCUGACUAAAGAAUAUAUAAGAACACUUAUUUAUGCAGGUUUCAAGAGCUCAAAAUAUGCUAAGUAUUUUACAGCAUAUGCAAAAGUAUUGUUAAAUAUGCAUGCAUGAAAAUACUGUCUGUCAUUGAUCUCAGAACUAACACAACCAAGAGGUUCUGAGUUAUUGAAAAUGACUGCUUUAAUGCAUCUGUUUACAGUGGGAAAUGGGAAACAAAAUAAGAUGAAACUCUAAUGUCUUGUCAGAUGGGUAACAGCUUUAUAAUUCACACUCUUGUGAAAGGACUAGAAUUGGUUCAGAGGCCUUUUUUCUGUGACAUAGGGUGUAGUAAUGCUUUGCUGCAUCCUUAUCAGCAUGGGAGCAUUUAACAAUUCUUGAAAUUAAAUAGCUGACUGAGCUGACAUUUUAUUUUAUUGUUUGUUCAGGCCAAUACAUUUGAGGAGCAACAGCACAUUGUAUUUGCAAAUUUUGCUGUAAUUGCACAUAAGCAAUAAGAAUGAAAGAGAAUUAAUUUAGUUGAGCGCAAUGGUAAAUUUUUCCCAUUAAUCUCUCACCUUCAUUUUGGAGAGCUGUGCUAAUUUGAAAUCCAAUAUCUGAACUGUUUUUGUUUUAAAAGAAACAUCAAAACAAAAUACCCAUCGUCCUGCCCAAAUACAUCCCACAAAAGCCCUGGUGUCUGGUACUUCAAAUCUCCCUUGAUUUGACCCACAAACUUUCUCCCAUUAAUAUAACUGACCAAUAGGAUCCAGCCCUUUCAAGUGAUUAAUAGAAAAUAGAGUUCUACUCAGGCUAUUCUUAAUAACUCAGUCCGAAAUUUUCAUCCUCAGACUCAUGUCUUAUUAUAUUGUAUCAGGUCCCAGACAGGAAGCACUUUAUUUUUAAGCUGUAUUAGUAGGUAUCUAUGUAGUAUACGUGGAGUACUUUGACAGAGUACCCUAUGUCCUUUUUUCUGGCUACUAGUAAAAGCAUUACUCAAAGCACAUUCCUUUAAACAUAGAAUUUUUUUUUUUUUUUUUGACCAGUGCCCUGGUUCCUGUAACUUUGAGAGAUAUGGCAAAGAGGCCAAAGCCAUGCUGUCACUUGAAAGGGAAAUGACAACCUUCUAUUACCUUGUUAAUUAACUAUGUACUUUUGAGAUUCAAAAUCAAUAACUUAAUAUGUUUAGAUUUACAUAUGGAUACAUAUAUUUUGAAAAAUAUAUGAAAAUGAUUUUCCCCUUUAUUUACCUUUCAAGCCCUCAAUUUAGGAUUCUGUUUUACCCCUGCAAUAUUUGAUGUCUACAGCACAUAAAUUUGUUACAAUAGACACAACUAUUAUAGAAAACAUAUGUUCAUGGGUUAUUAGGAACACUUGCUGAUUGUGUCUGCUUCAAAAUCUCAGUCUUCUACCACUAAAGGAAACCCUCUUGGCUCACCGAAGUAGUUCUCACAUCCUUUCUGUUUGCCACCCGCUACAGGGAAAUACCACUCAUUUAUGGUGUAGCAUGCUGGGUUUGUGCAGUUUGAAUCCAUAGGAAAAGAUAUGAUGUCAUUUCUGUCCACCUUCCAAGGCCCAUGUAUGGGACACAAUAUAUAACAAAGAUUCUGAAUGGGAGCACAAAAAUAUUAUUCCUCCAGGAAACUUAAGGAUGGCAGAUCCAUAUCUAUAGUGUAAUUAACUCUUUCUGCUGUGAAUAAUUUUAACAAUAAAAGCCAGGGUACACCAAAUGUGUGUGGAAUGCAGGUAACUUUGGGACUAAAAUGAAUGACCCCCUCCCCCUUCCCCAAAUGAGGUACAUUUGAAGGAACAUAAGAACUGCCAUACUGGGUCAGACCAAAGGUCCAUCUAGCCCAGUAUCCUGUCUUCUGACAGUGGCCAAUGCCAGAUGUCCCAGAGGGAAUGAUAAGAAUGGGUAAUCAUCAAGUAAUCCAUCCCCUGUCUCCCAGUCCCAGCUUCUGGCAAACAGAGGCUAAGGACACUUUCCUAGCCCAUCCUGACUAAUAGUCAUCGAUGGACCUAUCCUCCAUGAAAUUUAUCUAGUUCAAUUUGGAACCCUGUUAUAGUCUUGUACUUGACAACAUCCUCUAGCAAAGAGUUCCACAGGUUGACUGUGCAGGUAUGACCUGCAGACAUUCAGUGAUGGGUCCAUGCCCUUUAUUCAUAUGCAUAAGUUGUACAUUUUUUCAUUGUGAGACAGUCCAUUCUAGUCACUACAUUAGGUUUAGGUGUAUAUCUUGAAAGCAGCAUGGUUGCAGAGGUAGCAUGGCCUAGUGCAUAAAAUAAUGGGCUUGCAUCAUCAGACUGCAGUUCUGUUCCUGGCUUUACCACCAGACUACUGGGUCACACUGAGCAAGAACUACAGAUGAAGAAUGCACUUAAAAGCUAGGUAUUAUUAUUAUGUCAUAAGAGACAAAAGGUCACAUGAAGUGAACCGGUCAAAAGAUACAAGACAGCAGCUACUCACUGAAACACAAUCUCAUGCAAUAUGGUCCAGAUUUUUUAUAGCUCACUACCCACAGUCAGCCAGAUUUUUAAGCGAACUCAGUUCCCAGGUAGGCACCAAAGUAAGUGACCAGAUUUUCAAAAGUGCCAAGAGUGCAGGUGAGUGUUUUUAAAUAUCUAGCCCUGACUGGAGAAUACUGAAAUCUGGCCCUGAGCUCUUCUGAAAAUUUGGCUACAAAGGUGCGGGUGCUGAAUUAGUGACAUAACCACUGAAAUAUUGGCUCUGGAAGAGGUUGCAACAAAAUUACAUAGUCUUAGACCCCACCAAAUGCAAAUGCCAAGUGGGCCCUUUGAAAGUAAGUCACUGCAACUACAUUAGCUCACCUGGCUGGGUAGCCCAAAGCUUCCAACAACACCUUCAUUGUCACCACCUUUCCCCUUUCCUGCUCAUAUAAUCCCAUUUCCCCUCAGAACAACAGAGAGAUGCAGUCCUGUAGCUGAAAGGAAAGGAUAAUCUUCCCCAAAAUGGUAUUACCAUUUGGGAACCAGCAGUAUGGUUUGAAACCUGAGGUAAACCCCUCUUCUCACAGCUGUCCCAGAAAGCAAAGACCACCACAAAUUUCUUUCCGUGAGGUUCUCAGGCAGUCCCAGUCUACUCAUUCCCUCAGCCAUCAACCAUCCAAUACUAAUUCAUCUUAGAUCUAUAAAGAACUCAACCAAAGCAUCCAUGAAUCAGAGAAUGACAGAAGAAUUGCAAAUAAAACCAUUACUGAGAUAAUAAUAAGGGCAUGGCACAAAGUGACACAAGCAAAGAGAAGGAGAAAGAAUUGUCCAUCUGUAGAUGCCUCCACAUUGCAGGAUAUAGUGUAGCUGGAACUGUGAAAUCUGCCAUACGUGGGUCCAAAGGAACAAAUUAAGGAGAGUCUCCAUUGUGAAAUGCCUUGCUUUUCUUUUACUUGAUCUUCACAGUCUUUACUUUGCCAUUUUUGAAGGAUGGAUAUUAAGAGUCUUUAAUAGUUUUAAAAUUUCUUGUAGAAAUAAAAAUUGCACUGACAAGGAAGGUAUUUUCCAGAUCUAAUUUCUAUGUGCUCAGCUUUGAUCAUCUGCUCUGCCUACAGGUAUGGAACUGCUCCAGGUAUAGAUUAUAAAGGAGGCCUACAGUGCAAGGUGGCACAGAAAGCUUCACUUUAUUCAUUUUCUAUAAUCUGGACCUUUAUAAUUGUAUGAUAUUUUAAAAACAUUUUAGAGGAUGCCUCAAUGUGGCCUCUACUUGAUUUUCCCACACUGCCUUAGUGGCUACUUCGGCACAACAGGUCAAAUUAAAGCUCAGCCACCAUGAAAGCUAUAGAUCCAAUUAGGUCAUCCUGGUUUCCUUGGUUAUUACUGGAAUCCAAUUCCACCCUUCAGAACUGAUUAAUAGUGAGUUCAAAGUGUCUAUAAAUUUACUUCACUGAAAUUCUUUGGAGAGCACUUGCUCAAGGAGCUCCAUAGAAGCCUACUGAAGAAUGGUAGAUUGGCAACUUCAUCAGGAGUGUGGGCAGGAGAGGGGUCAGGACAAAUACAGGUUAUUAGUAGGUAGUUUUACUAUCGGGGCAGCACUGGGAUGUUUGAGUUCUGCAAGGUACUGUACAGAGCAGAGUAAGCAAGCAACAAAUUCAGGCGUCAAACUAAACUCAGGAUGAAGAGCUAUGGCACAUCCACUGAGAAAUUUGCAUUAUUGAUAAUAUGGGGCUGCCUGAGCAAGCACUGAACUUUGCCUUGAAGAAUUUGGUAACAUCUUUUAUGGACUCAAUUUUGCAGGCUGCUGAGCAUCUCCUAGAAGGGCUUUACCAUUCGCUUCCUGGCUUUUAUAACAUGUUAGCUAUAGCUUGUUUAUCAAACAGGCCAAGUGGUCUUCUGAUGCUGCCACCACAUUCCUCUUUUUAGAGCUCUGUGCCGGUUGAAUAGCCAAUUUUCUAAUCUCAUUAUUCAUCUGUUGCUGCUAGACUCAGGUGCAGCUGGUGUAUAAUUAAGAAGUGUAAUGUAAGUACUGUAUUUAUUGUGCCAAAAAAGUAUUUAAUAAAGUAUUAACAUGUUUUUUAGUAAUAAGUUGUGUUUGCUUAGCUGAACAAGAUGUAACAGAGCUAACAUUUUGUACUCAGCAGAUUUGGAAAAAACAUUGCAGUAGAUGUUUAUUUCAUACAGAAUGCUGGUUUGCUAUUUAAAGACAAAAACUCAAAAGAAUGAACCAAUUAAAGUUGUGAAUGUUCAGCUUGCAGCACUAUAUCUCGAUGGCAAAAGCAGUUCACCUGAAAAUAACAUGUAAAUUGUAUUUUGUUAAUUUAAGCAAAUAAAGAUAUACGGAAGA